CUUUCUUUCAGCUAACUUUCUCUGAUCCCAAACAACAAAAAACUCCUCUCACUUUCUACUCAAUUUCUAUCAUUAGACUCAAUUUCUUCCCCAAUUUCACUUCUUUACAAAUUUCCAAUUCCAACGAUAAAAUGCCCUCAGCUCAAGAUCCAUUUUACGUUGUCAAAGAAGAUAUUCAAGAUUCUAUUGAUAGGUUGCAAUCUAAUUUUCACCAAUGGGAAAACACCUCUGAUAGUGGGGAGUAUUUGAACCUUUCAAAGGAAGUUCUUGCUGCUUGUGGAAGUAUUGAGUGGCAGGUGGAUGAAUUGGACAAAGCAAUUUCUGUAGCGUCUAGAGAUCCUUCUUGGUAUGGCAUUGAUGAAGUGGAGAUUGAAAACCGGAGGAGGUGGACCAACAAUGCUCGGACCCAGGUGCGCACCGUUAAGAAAACAGUGGAAGCUGGUAAGGGAUCAAAUACAGCAACUCAUGCUAGUAUAAAUGGGAUGCACAGGGAAUUAAUGAGGCUUCCAGAUUCUCAUCAAAGUACGUCCAAGUCUAACCAAUAUUCCGCUGGGGAUAAUGAUGAUUUCAUAGAAUCAGAAUCAGAUAGGCAAAUGCUUCUUAUAAAAAAGCAGGAUGAGGAGUUAGAUGAGCUUAGUUUAAGUGUACAAAGAAUCGGAGGUGUUGGACUUACGAUACAUGAAGAGCUCCUCGGCCAGGAAAAAAUUCUAGAUGAACUUGGCAAUGAGAUGGAUAGUACAUCCAAUCGUUUAGAUUUUGUCCAAAAAAGAGUGGCGAUGGUGAUGAAGAAGACUAGUGCAAAGGGUCAGAUCAUGAUGAUAUGUGGUUUGCUGGCCCUGUUCAUUUUCCUUUUUAUCUUGGUAUUCUUCACCUAGUCAUUUCUUAAUGCCUUGUUUGUACAUGCAAAAGGGAUACACCUUGUUUGUUCAUACAAGUUUGAAAAGAUAAAAGAUUAAUGGAACAUGCUAUACGUCUAUUGGUCAAAUGGGGCAGUGGAGAAUUUUGAGUGUGAUGAAAAGGAUAGCAAUGUACUUGAAAGUAUCAAAAGAUUAAGUUGGAUCCCAAAUAUGUAAUGUAAUGCUUGAUGGAUAUACCAUAAUACAGUAGCUUAUAAUAUCAGGCAAAUCAUCUUGUCACUCUUCAUAACUAUUAAAAUUCAUGUUA